GGUGGCAGGGCUUAAUGCAAAUGAAUGUGGAGGAAAACUCCACUGCACUGUGAUCUAACCAAUAGGAGCGCAGCUCCAUCUUGGCUGUGCACUAGACUGCAUUACAAACAGACGAUACCAUCGCUUCAACAGCACCCCUUCAGACAAGAGAUUCAAAGAGCAACACAAGAAGUAGAAUCUCUCAGAAUGGGUUCCAGCCACUGGAAUGAAACCACUACCUCUGUUUAUCAGUACCUUGGCUUUCAAGUACAAAAAAUUUAUCCUUUCCAUGACAACUGGAACACUGCCUGCUUUGUCAUCCUGCUUUUAUUUAUAGUCACCGUGGUAUCUUUGGUAGUACUAGCCUUCCUCUAUGAAGUGCUUGACUGCUGCUGCUGUGCAAAAAACAAAACUGUGAAAGACUUGAAAAAUGAACCUAACCCUCUUAGAAGUAUGAUGGACAACAUCAGAAAACGUGACACCGAAGUGGUGUAGCCCUCUACAGAACAGGUACAAAAUCUUUAAAAGCAGACUUCAGACUCUUCUGAGAAAAAAGAAAAUUUCCUGAGGCCAACUGUUACUACAACAGCUGACUCUGACUCUGAAUGAUUAAAAGAUUUUCAGUACAAGAAAACACAAGUGAAAUAUGCACUUUGUGUAUGUGUGUACCUUACAUUAAAUAUGCAGUAAAACUUCAUAAAUGUGAA